UGAGAUAAUAAUGAUAUUAUUACUUGUAGAGAAUAUUUCUUCUUAUGUCAUCAUCACGAAUCCAGAAAGGAGUUACGGAUGUAAGUAUAAAUAUGGAUGAAGAGAACAGGUCAGGGCUACAGUGUGAAAAAAUAAAACACUGGUUUGUCACAGAUUUGAUUGUUAGAUCUUUGACUUUGGGCCUAAAUGCAACACUCCAAAUUCAAAGCAAACAUUCACCAGAUCUGGUUAUGAUUCCACCCACGACACUUUACACUAUUUUUUAAAACAAUACAGAACUUAUCACUUUAACUCUUUGGGAAGUCCUGUAUUUUUCUCACCAUUUAU